GUUUAUUAGCAUUUUUAUAAAACUUGUGUGAACUUAACCUACUCAACAUGACGGUUGAUGUAAAGGAUUGGGACAUGAACAAAGUUGAUGAUGGAGUUAUUAAAAUUGUUGGAGAAGUUCAGUUGAGAAAAUAUGGAAAAUUUUUGGAAGAGUAUAGUACACAACUGAGGGCCAUUGAACAUGCUCUAGAUGAAACACUUAGUGAUGUUUGGAAUUCAGAAUUAGAUCCAGUGUCGCUGCAGUUGCUGCCUUAUGAGGGAACAACUGUUUUAGAAUUGAUAUCAACUGAUAAUAAGGUUUUGAACAAAGUAGUUUCAGUCCUUGCUGUUUUGUGCUGUGAAAUUGAUCAACUGUGUUAUGAAGCAAAAUCUAAAUUUUUCCCAGCUCUUUUGUUUUAUGGGGAAGGAGAAUCUCCAGGUGCAUUGCAAGAUGGAGAAGCCCAUAUUUAUUUGGGUCGAAUGAUUCCUUUUAUGCAGGAGCUUUCAUGUUUCGUAAAGCGAAGUUAUGCUGUAGUGAAAAAUGUUAUCCAUCAGCUCUCAGCUCUCUAUUACAAAUGUGAAUCUGCUAUUGUUGAUGUGACAGAUGUUCAUUUUCAGACUGUCUACAAGCAUCUGGGUUUUCUUUUAACUACUUUGAUGACACUCGAUGAAAUCAUCGAUGGGCAAGUCACACUCCGAGAGCACUGGACUCAGUACAAAAGAAUGCUUGUUUCUAUACAUCAUAAUCCAUCAAAGUUGGGUUUUUCUAUUGAGAAAUUGAGACCCUUUGAAAAAGUUAUUUCCAAACUAGAAAAUCAACUGUUAGAAGGAAGCAUAUUCAUGGGAUGUGUGGAGCAAAAUUUUGAUGACAGUAAAAACUUUGUAUCCAAAAACAGCUAUUUUGCUGAAGAAUUUGCCUUAAAUAUAAAGAACCAAUUGAUUGUUAAUGAACCCAGAUUAGGAGAAAGUAAUGAAUAUGAUUCUCGUUUGCGAAUCCCGGACAUUUGUUGCCUGUUUGUUCUUCAUUUUUAUUUGUACCGUACAGUGGAUAAGAAAUUUUUUAAAGCUCUUUGGGACACUUAUAAAAAGGUGCCUGCUGUGCCUUUAAUUGGUAAUAUAUUAUGGUUUCCUGAUCUGUUUUUGUUGACGCGUGUUCCUGCAAUGGCUCGAACUUUUGACAGAAAAGCUCAAGAGGCUGUUAAAUUUGCAAGACAAACAUACUUACAGCAAAGAACUCAAAAUAUUGUCAAAGAUGUACAAAAUUACUACAUGCAGGUAAUGGCUUGGAUUGUUGAAAUGGAUUCUCGUAUGAUAGAUACUGGAAAACUUCUUGAUGAUCUGAAUCGAAAAUGUUCCCUGUUGCUGCAGGGACUAAGACUUGCAUGGACUAUUAGUCAUGAAGUUAAGACAACUAUGAACCUUCAUGUUGUUUUGUCAAAGCCAAUGACAAAAACUGUUGUUCUAGCACUGUGUAAAAUGAUUGAAUUGUUAAAGGGUAUAGAAGGGACAUACCACAGGCAUGCUGUUGUAAUCAGUGAAUCCAUAACGCACAUUGUUCAGCAUUUAAGUUAUCUUGCUCUGACCAUAAUAAAUAUAGGCAAGAAAAGGCUUAUAUCAGAUAAGAAGUAUAGCGAAAGAAGAUUAGAUGUUUUAUCUGCACUUGUCUUGGCUGAAAAAUCUCUUAAUGGACCAGGGACUAAAGAAAGAAGAUUAAUUACUUACUUAGCUAUGUCUCUUGGAGUACAAAUGAAAUCAUUUAAAGAAGAUGAAAUCGCCAGCUUUGCAAGUGUAAUGAAAGAACUAGAUUUUAUAUGUGAUCUGAAACAAAAAAUCCGGGAAGCUUGUGAUUGUAGUUUUAUGUAUUGGCAUCAUGUUGUAUUUCCUACAUACAUUACUGAUAUUUACGAAAAUGGAGCAGAUACUCAUCAUAUACAGUACAUGAUAUCUGCUUUGCAUGAUUGUGUUAGUCCAAUACUUGCUUCACGGCAUGAAUCAUCGCCUCGUAUACUCUUGGAUGCUUUUGAAAAGGAAACAUAUUCUACACUGAAAAAGCACUUAUUGGAUCCUCUGUGUAGUGAUGUUGAAACAGAACUCCGACUCCACUGUCACUAUCACCUACAGCUUGAUGACCGAAAUCCUUUUAAAGUUGGUCUGAAAAAUUAUUCUCACAUUCUCAAUCUUUCGUCUAUCAGACUUUUUGAUCGUUUCAUCAAUAUCAAAUCUUUUGUAGAACAUUACUUGGAGAAAAUUUUUUACAACUUAACUACAGUCGCUUUACAUGAUUGGAAGACGUAUGGAGAAAUGAGAAAUUUAGCAAAACAUAAAUAUGGACUAACUACAGUUGAAGCUCAUUUACCUAGUCAAACUCUUGAACAGGGCUUAGAUGUGCUGGAAAUAAUGCGAAAUAUUCAUCUUUUUGUGUCAAAUUAUCUCUACAGUUUGAAUAAUCAGAUAUUUGUGGAGCGCUCAAGUAAUAACAAGCAUCUGAACACCAUAAACAUUCGCCAUAUUGCUAAUUCUAUUCGGACCCAUGGAAUUGGUGUAAUGAAUACUACUGUGAAUUUUGUGUACCAAUUCUUACGAAAGAAAUUCCAAAUAUUUUCUCAGUUUUUGUAUGAUGAGCAUAUCAAAUCUAGAUUAAUAAAGGAUCUUAGAUUUUUCAAAGAGAAUAAAUCACAGUGUGGACAAAAGUAUCCAUUUGACAGAGCUGAAAAGUUUCAUAGGGGUAUUCGCAAGUUGGGCCUAACUAAUGAUGGUCAAAGCUAUUUAGACCAAUUUCGUCUUUUAAUCAGCCAAAUUG